CUCGAUUCUUUCUCUUUUUUACGGCGUGCAGUUCAAGGGCUGCAGCGCCCACGUUUUGAGCCCUGAGGAGGAAGUGUGGCGGGCGCGGGAAGGUCCCUGCCGCGGCGUCCGGGCGAGUACUGGAGUGCUCACUUUCUCCAGGCCUCGGAGCUGAGGCCAGAAACAGAACCGGAGCGGGUGGGCGGGAGGGGAGACGACGCGGGUCCCAGGCAUGGCAUCCCGGGACAAGGCGCCCGCUCUGGAUGAGAGCUCGGAACUGGCGCCCUGGGCUCAGCUGGAGGCCCCCGCCCGCCUCCUGCUGCAGGCGCUGCAGGCGGGGCCGGACGGGGCGCGGCGCGGCCUGGGGGUUCUGCGGCUGCUGGGCAGCCGCGACGGAGAGCCCUUCGCCUGGGGCCGUGUCCUGGAGGCGCUGUGCCGGGAGGAGGCGGUCACGGAGGGCCCGGACUGUCGGCUGCAGUUGAAACCGCUGCUGCUGCGAUUGCCCGUGUUAUGCCAGCGGAACCUGAUGUCCCUGUUGAUGGCUGUUAGGCCGUCGCUCCCUGAAAACAGACUGCUCCCUCUGCUGCAGGUCCUACGGCAGGACCCAAGCCCUGACCCUGAUGCCUGGCUCCAGGCCCUGGGGAAAUUGCUGCAAAGGGACCUGGGUGUAGGGGUCUCCAUUGAGGGAGCGUCCCCACUGUCUAAAAGUUGCCAGACGCAGCUCCGAGACCUGUGUAGGCAGCUGGGCCCCGGGGGCAGGAGGUUGAAGUUGGCCCAGUCUCCAGAUGCUGAAGGGGAAAAAGAGGAGGACAAGGAAUCCCAGUGGCCUAGGAAACGCAGAAAGGAACCAGAAGAAGAGCCUGCCAGCCCUGAGGGGGGGAGGGCCCCCAAAAGGUUCCGGUGUUUGCAAAGGGAAGAAGAAGAACAUUAUGAGGAGGAGAGAGUGGGACAUGAGCCUUUGGAAACUCCGGCAGGUGGAGGAGGCACAUCACCCAUUAAGAACCAACCUGUCGUGGAGGCUGAGCCCACUGAGGCUGGCCAGAGUCUGGAGGAUGCAAAGGGACCAGCUGAGAGUUUGGAGUUGCCGAAAGCUAUCCAGGACCAGGUUCCCAGGCUGCAGAAGGUGCUCAAGACCUUUGGGGAGGGGUUAGAGAGGCUGGAGAGUGGCCCCCCAGUUGAGCUGCAGCUUUUCCAUGAAUGCAGUCCCAGCCAGAUGGACCUGCUGUGUGCCCGGCUGCAGCUCCCCCAGCUCUCAGACACAGGUCUUCUGCAGCUCUGUACCUGGCUGCAGUCCCUGUCACCAGAUCUUAGCCUCGGCAAUGCUACUGUGCUGGCCAGGAGCCUCUUCCUUGGACGGAUCCUCUCCUUGACUUCCUCAGCCUCCCGCCUGCUCACAACUGCCCUGACUUCCUUCUGUGCCAAGUACACCCACGCCGUCUGCAGGGCCCUGCUGGGCCCUGUUCUCCGGUCCCCAGAAGCGGUCCCAUCCUCUCCUGCCACUUUGUCCAGACUUUCCCCCUCUGCUGCCCCCCACCCAGGUCCAGCUCAAACCGAGUUGCUGUGUUGCCUUAUGAAGGACGAGGCCCUGGAGCCAGACAGGCAGCUUAUAAUCCUCGGACAGAUCUUGGAGUUGCCCUGGAAGGAGCAGACUUUCUUGGUGUUGCAGUCACUCCUGGAGCGGCAGGUGGAGACGACCCCCGAGAAGUUCAGUGUGUUGAUGGAGAGGCUCUGCAAAGAGGGGCUGGCAGCCACCACAUCCAUGGCCUAUGCCAAGCUCAUGCUGAUGGUGAUGACCAAGUAUCAGGCCAGUAUCACUGAGAGCCAGAGGCUGGGCCUGGCUGCGCCCCUAUCGCUCAACACCACUUUCCUGAGAAAGUCCCUGCAGGCCGCGCUGAGACAUCUGGCCCCCUGACCUUCCACCAGGGGACCGCUCUAGAGUUCGCUCACCAACUUCCUAAAGGAUACUUCUGCCCUCAGCCCCUCUGGGGGUAAAGGCUGAGCCUGGCCACCCCAGGCAUCACCUGCCUGCUAUUCCAGGCGGCAGAGAGGCCAUGUUGAUUUCCCAAGUGGCAGCAGGGUGCUGGGCUAAGGGGGCUCGAUUUCCAAGGGCUGCCAACCCUGGCUCACUCCUUGUCACUUCUACCUCAGAAACUUUCCUGUGAGCCCAGGAGGGUCACAGCAGACCCAGAAUAGACGAAGAUGCUCUGGGGGCCCCGUGUGCUCAGAACAAAACUGUGUUCCAGCAUGUGUUAUGAUCCUUUGUACUGUUCAGACUUGAAUAAUGAUUUUUCAGUGGUAUUUAAUAAAAAUCGAGAAAUUCAAC